CUCUCUUUGAGAGUUUUGAGUAAACAUAGCGUAAGAUAUUUCCACCCCCCUUCUUUUCUACCAUUCUCCUCCUCCCUCGGUAGCUUACCAGAUUCUGAUCAGCUUCGGCGCUCUGAGGGAUUCGCAAAACCAGGCGUCCGAAUAUCUAAUUCCGGCGAUACUUCGACGGCGCAAGUUCUUCUCUCCGACAGCCCUAAAAUAUCCAUGCCAUCUACCUCAACGGUACUGACUCAAAUCUGGCUACUUAAAAGCCUUCAUCUUCCCAUUGUUGAUCGCAUAUUGCUCCUGGAGUUGAUCUUUCACUUCUGUCGGUUUUAUUCGGGGGCUUCCUUCUCUCCUGGUUCUUUUAGGUUUUUUUUUUUUUUUUUUUGCUUUGGCCGCCUGUUCAAGGUCUAUCUCAUCUAAAAUUCUUCGAUUCAAAUCUUAUUAGUACCCAUCCACUUGAAGAAAAAAAACUGUACUUUCUGUAAAAUUUCGGAUUCUUUUUGCCGACUUACCUGUUGCAGAAACAUCAGGUUAGCUCGUAGCGUCUGCAAAAGAUUCCUAAAGGCCUUUUUCCAAUGCAUGGUCAUUGCAAAGUUCAGUGAAAUUUGAACUGCAAUUAUUGUGUUUCAGAACAAAACCUGUGAAAUUUCAGCUCACGAAGUGUCUUAUCACAUCGUCCCUUUCUUUCUAUUUUGAUUAUGUUUAAUUUUUAGUUAUGCAGAUAUUGCACGAUAUAGCAUGGGAAUGGUGGAGAUUUGGCAAGCCAAUCAUAAUUUUUAUGAAAUCCAAGUUCUUGUGGAAUAAAUGUCUUAUUUUGUUUGAAACAAAAGAUUCAUUGAUUCUGUUUGCAAUCUGUCUACUGUUCUCCAUAUGCUUUUGUUUGCAAGUGUUCCUUGUUACAAGAAAGAUGCUUCAACUUUGGCGGUUGCAUUCCUUGUUUGAGGAAUUAAGACUUAUCUAUCAUGUUUGAUCCACUCGGUGGCAUGCUAUUUCUGUUUUUGGAAAACUUGCAACAGAGAAAUCAUUUUAGCUAUACGAUUACAAACACUCGGCAUCUAGUUUUCUUACAUGCUCUAAACCAUGUGUUAAACAAUUUUCGUUGUCUACUGUGUUUUGUAUCUUUUGUGCAGCUAUGAGAAGCUAUUGCUUCUCAGCAAGUGAUAUGACAGAAAAUGCACAAAGAAGCACCUGUCUGACUCGAAAGCAUCCAUGCCCCUGUGGAGAUGACCAAUGCUAUGUUAAUGAGGAAGGCUAUGAGGAUGAUGAAUUGGUUGAGCAAUUUGGAUAUGCAGAUCCAAGCUUUCUGCUGGGGACACCACUGAGUUCGGGUAACACGAAGGUUAUUCCCUCUCCUUACAUAGGACAGUCAUUCCAAACUGAUGUUGAGGCCCUAGAGUACUAUAGCAAUUAUGGCCGUAAUAAUGGUUUCUUGGUUAGGAGAGAGCGAUCGAAGGGAAACCCAGGGCACCAAUUGGGAAUAUAUAAGCGGGAACUUGUUUGCCAUCGUGCUGGUCCUCCUCUUCCAACUAAAUCUGGAGAAGAAAAGGAUUCAAAACAUCUAAGAAAGAAAAAGCCAUCACGCUGCAAAUGUGAUGCACAAAUGGUGAUAAAGAAGAAUGUCACAACCAAUUCAAUCAGCUGGGUGGUUGUUAACUUUAGUAAUGUGCAUAACCAUGAGCUGUUGGAUAGGGAUGAUUUGCAAUAUUCACCUGGUUAUCGAUAUAUAUCAGCAGUCGAUCGUGAACGUAUAAUCUCUCUUGCAAAAGGUGGUUGCAAUGUGAACCUUAUAUUGAGGUCUCUUGAAAUGGAAAAGGGUGUUAAGAUAGGUGAGUUAAGCUUCUCAGAGAAGGAUGUAAAGAAUUUCCUUCAAGCUUCAAUGAACAUUAAUCCUGAAAAUGAGGGUUCAGAACUUCUUAAGAGUUGCAGGAUGAUGAAGGAGAAGAAUCCUGAUUUUCGCUUUGAGUUCACUAGUGUUGAGGUUAAUAAACUUGAACACAUUGUUUGGUCAUACGUUGGUUCUAUUCGUGCAUACAAGGCAUUUGGAGAUGUGGUGUUGUUUGACACAUCAUAUUAUCUACAUGCUUACAACAGACCAGUCGGUGUUUGGUUCGGUAUUGACAACAAUGGCUCUGCCACAUUCUUUGGUUGUGUUAUCUUGCUAGAUGAGAAACCAGAAUCAUACAGAUGGGCCUUGCAGGCGUUUCUUCGCCUCAUGGAAGGGAGAUUUCCGAAAACAAUGCUAACAGAUUUUCAUAUUCAGCUGAAAGAUGCUGCGAUGACAGAAUUACCGCACACUAAGCAUGCAUUUUCUUUUUCCCAGAUUCUGUCUAAACUGCCUAGUUGGUUUUCUAACUCAUUGGAUACACAAUUUGAGAAGUUUAGGUCUGAGUUCUGUAGAAUACGUGAUUUAGAGACUCCAGAGGAAUUUGAGCAUCACUGGCAUCGGUUAGUUAGUGAAUUUAGACUCAGCACAGAUAAACAUAUCACCCUUCUCUCUGUUAACCGAUCCUACUGGGCUGUACCUUUCUUGCGGAGUUGGUUUUUUGGCGGAUUACUGGCAAACGGUGUUUUAUCAGUUCGGUCAAUCUUCAAAGGAUUUGUGAACUCACAAACUCGGCUCAAAGAUUUUAUAGAGCAGGUCGGAGUUGCUGUUGAUUUCCAAAAUCAAGCUUGUGAAGAAGCUAACGCACGAAUAAGCCAGCAGAAUUUUCAGAUCAAAACAUGCUUGCCUAUCGAAGAACAUGCAUCAACUAUUCUAACAUUCUACGCUUUCGAGAUCUUUCAGAAAGAAGUCAUGUCGUCGGCACAGUAUGCAGUUUUUGAGACAUCUACGGAUACUUAUCUAGUCAAGCACCACGCUAUGUCUGAUGGUGGGCAUACCGUCUGCUGCGACCCAUCUAACGAAGAGGCUAAUUGCAGUUGCAAAGGUUUCGAGUGUUCUGGCAUUCUAUGUCGGCAUAUUCUCCGGGUUCUAUCCCUGAAGAAUUGCUUCAUCAUCCCUGAGAAAUACUUGAUUCAUAGAUGGCGGAGGGAAAGUUCAUUGUUUCAUAGGAGCAGCGGCAACAAUUAUCGCACCCAAACACUGCGGUCUCUUGCCUCUAUAAUUAUUCAAGAAUCUUCGAUAACAAAAAAUCGUUUUGAAUACGUGCAGUGGUAUUUUAGCCGGCUUCUCAACCAUAUAAGAGAAAUGCCAGAAACUAACGAAGUUGCCUUAGAUACGGAGGCGGAUGCAUCCCUCAAUGCUAUAGUGGAUGUUGUUCCUGCAAGGUCAGUUACUAGAGGAAGGCCAAGAAAAUUGAGGACGCACCAAACAGCCAAAGGAUCGCAAGCAAUGCCAUAGGUUAAGGAUAAUCUUGGCGUAUGUUUUGAAACAAUGGUAGAGCGGUAUGGUUUUGAGCAUGUUAAUCAUACUGUUAUUUGACCUGUAAUACAUUUUACUAAUGUUAUAGCGUUAUUUUUCA